CUGCUUGGAGUGGCAAUUUGUUUGUUUCAUUGGAGAGCGGCUCGUCUUGGCCCUUCCCUCUUCCCGUCCCUCCCUCCCCAAGGCCGGCCCGGACCCUUGGCAGACCCCCAGGGAGACCCCCCGGAGCCCAUGAACCACAAAUGAGAAAAAGGAGGAAAGAUGGAGCUGCACAUUCUGGAGCACAGGCUCAAAGUGGCGAGUGUGGCCAAGGAGGGCCUGGCCCUCUUCACCCACGGCCUGGUCAAGCUGGCCUUCCUCCCCUCCAGGACCAGGUGCAAAUUCUUCAGUCUGACCGAGACACCCGAGGACUAUACAAUCAUCGUGGAUGAAGAAGGCUUUCUCGAGCUCCCGGCGUCCGAGCAUCUGAGCGUGGCGGACGCGACGUGGUUGGCGCUCAACGUGGUGUCCGGAGGAGGCGGCUUCUCCACCUCCCAGCCCAUCGGGGUGACCAAGAUUGCUAAGUCGGUGAUUGCGCCUCUGGCGGAUCAAAACAUCUCCGUGUUCAUGCUCUCCACCUAUCAGACAGACUUCAUCUUGGUACGUGAACGGGACCUGCCUUUUGUGAUGCACACGCUGGCUUCGGAGUUCACCAUCCUCCGGGUCGUGAACGGGGAGACAGUGGCGGCUGACAACCAUGGAAUAUCCAAUGGAUUUAUGAAGCCCAAACUGGUUCAGAGACCCGUCGUCCACCCACUUUCCAGUCCAAGUAACAUGUUCUGCGUCACCAGCCUGGACCCGGACACCCUUCCUUCCGUGGCUACACUCCUGAUGGAUGUCAUGUUUUACUCCAAUGGAGUAAAAGAUCCCGAAGACUCUGGUCACAUCCGCUUCUUCUCCUUUUCUCUCAUUGAGGGUUACAUUUCUUUGGUGAUGGAUGUCCAGACACAGAAAAGAUUCCCUAAUAAUUUGUUGUUUACAAGCGCGUCUGGGGAGCUCUGGAAGAUGGUCCGCAUCGGCGGGCAGCCCCUUGGUUUUGAUGAAUGUGGAAUCGUGGCCCAGAUCUCGGAGCCUUUGGCGGCGGCUGACAUCCCGGCUUAUUACAUUAGUACUUUUAAGUUCGACCAUGCACUGGUCCCGGAAGAAAAUAUCAACGGUGUGAUCAACGCGCUCCAAGUUAGCCAGGCUGAAAAGGAUUAGAAGCCAUUCCUUUCCGAGUGGGACCGGGCUGCAUUUUUCCACAAUAUUCUCAGUAUUUGCGGGACGGGGGAACGGGGAUGAUUUUUGUAUCACUAUUAUAAAUUACUCCAAAGAAAGCCUGGGCGGAAGGCGGCUGUGUCGCGACAAAAACGAGAAACGAAAGACUGCUGACUAGACGAACCUUGAGUCCUGUAGCUUUGUAAACUUUUGUACGGAACGAGGCGGCACUUUCCCACCCGCUGCCGCCUUCGUAGCCUUUUUUCUUUUUUGCCAUGAACUCGAAAAACGAGCCGUCGCUUCGAUAGACAUGUAGGCAUCUUCUGGAGUCAGGUGGACGACGGGAAACACUAACAGUAACUAACAGGGCUUAGAAAUUAUUGCACAGGAAGGAAUGACCCAUAGCUGCUUUCAAGAAGGUAGGCGUACGAGAACACUCGAGAGGAGGAAAGAGCAAGAGUGACGUGACUACUUUCAGGUGAUUUUUUAUAUAAUAUUCAAAAAAUCGUUAGGAAAUGAGUGUCAAGGUAUGAUGGUCCAAAUAUCAAUGGAACCUUACUGGAGUGGCAAAUGUUUACUCAUUACAUCUAGUCUGAGACACUUGUCCCUUGAAGCUUGGUUAGAGUUCUAGGCUUUUCUUAGACCCGGAUCGAAGGAUCUGAACACUGUUGUGUCAGCCUCUCCUGCUUCCAAGUUGAGCCAAACUUUGCUCCGUAUCCUGGAAAGGUAUUGUUGACAUCUGAUCUGACAACAGGAGGUGAGGGUAUAGCUAUGCCAUGUACCGUACCCUGGAUGCAACUGACAGAGCAUUAAUCUCCAUCAGUUAACAAGACAAAAUCAAGCUUUCUGGACUCCGAAUCCCAAUAUCAAGGGUGUGCCUACACCAGGCAUUGGCAAACUUGGGCCUUCUGGGUGUUUUGGACUUCCAACUCCCACAAUUCCUAACAGCCGGGUUCGUAGCCCGUCGGGUCCGGGGCUACGUUGGGUCCGUCGGGCAUGGGGCUACGUCGGGUCCGGGGCUACGUCGGGUCCGGGGCUACGUUGGGUUCAUGGCUACAUCGGGUUCGGGAUUACGUCGGGUCCAUGGCUACGUCGGGUCCAAAACUACGUUGGGUCCAUGGCUACAUCGGGUCCGGGACUACGUUGGGUCUGGGAUUACGUUGGGUCCAUGGCUACGUCGGGUCCGGGACUACGUUGGGUCCAUGGCUACAUCGGGUCCGGGACUACGUUGGGUCCAUGGCUACAUCGGGUCCGGGGCUAAGCCGGGUCCAUGGCUAAAUCGGGUUCGGGAUUACGUCAGGUCCAUGGCUACGUCAGGUCCGGGACUACGUCGGGUCCGGGACUACGUUGGGUCCAGGAUUACGUUGGGUCCAUGGCUACAUCGGGUCCGGGACUACGUUGAGUCCGCGAUUACGUUGGGUCCAUGGCUACAUCGGGUCCGGGGCUACGUUGGGUCCAUGGCUACAUCAGGUCCGGGGCUAAGCCAGGUCCAUGGCUACGUCGGGUCUGGGGCUAUGUCAGGUCCGUAACACCUGGAGGGCCGAAGUUUGCCCAUGCCUGGUCUACACCAUUGAACAAAUGCAAACUGAUCCCACCAAUGCAGAGGCACCACGGGAGUUGUGGUUUUGUAAGGUCUUCCUCCUUCUCUGGCCAAGGAGCAUUGGUGCCUUCCCACAUCACAAACUCCAGGAUACGGUAGCAUUGAGCCAGGGGGGUCAGACUGCAUUACUUCCACAGUGCAGACACCCCCUAAAGCCAGGCUUAGCAGUAGGAUUUGUGCAGAAAGGAGCCCCAAAAGCGAUGCAAUGAGUAGUGCAAAUCCAGAGAAGUCCUCCAUCCUGGUACAACGUCGUCGUGGUCUUCUCUUAGGCUAUUUGGUCAUAGCACCAGGAGAUGUAUCCGAACCCUUUGGGGGGUUGUUUUGUUGUCGGACGUCGCUCUUCGGACCCGACGGGCGACAGAUCUUGUGAUCGGAGCAACGCCUGCUGGACGUUUGUUUCUAUGUACGACAACCUCCUCUCUGUCGCUGCGACGGUUUGCCUCUAAGAGAGCCCUCUGCAGUUCACCCAAUACAUCUUUGCUACGAAGUUUAAGGAAA